AUGGAAGAAGGAAGAUUCAAAACAGUGUUUUUUACCUUUUCAAUUGCUCUAAUAGCGAGUUUAGGUUCUUUGGUCUGCGGUUCGUGGAUCGGAUGGUCGUCGCCAGCCACCUACCUGAUGAAGAACAACCAGACUAAUUUGGAUGUGACCGAUUACGGUAUGAUGAUCGCCAUGUAUGACUUGGGCAACUUCAUCAGCCCCAUCCCGUGUGGUUAUCUUCUGGGGUUUUACGGUAGGAAGUGGACGAUUCGUAUAAUCGGCCCGAUGAACAUAAUCGCCUGGGGGGCGAUUAUCCUGUGUCCGUCCCGGUUAAGUGUCCUGUAUGUGGCCAGACUGUUCGCUGGACUGGCCAAGGGGAUGACGUUCAGCUCCAUACCAAUGUACGUGGGCGAAAUAGCCGAAGUCAAGUUACGCGGUGCUGUGUUGUCUUUGUUUCCGAUAAUGUUGUGCGUGGGCAUGUUGAGCAUACAAUCGAUCGGUCAGAUGCUAAAUUAUACACAGCUCAACAUGUUGGGUCUGUUCUUCUCGGCCUUGUUCACGGUGUUGUUCUUCGCCAUGCCCGAAAGCCCGUACUACCUGAUGCAGAAGAAUCGGCGGGAUCAAGCCGAGAAGUCGCUCAAAAGUAUCCGAGCCAAGGACGACGUUACCGAUGAACUGCAGCUUAUCGAGGAGACGGUCACCAAGCAGAUGCAGUCUAAGACCACUUACAAGGAGUUAUUUCAAAACAAGGCCAACCGGAGGGCUUUGAUAAUUACGGCGGGAGCUAGCAUGUUUCAGAGGCUCAGCGGCAUUAGCCCAUUCAUACACUUCAGCUCGAUCACGUUGCCGUCCACCAACUACUGGAUGAACCCGUUGUUGGCCGUCGUGUUGUUCACCGUGUCCAAGAACAUCGGCACGCUGUUGCACAUGGUCCUGGUGGACUGGAUGGGCCGGAAGCCGCUGAUGUUGUGCUCGCACGGCGCGAUGGCCGUGCUGACGGCCGCGUACGGCGUCAGUCUGUACGCGGUGGCCAACGGGCCCGAAGACCAUCCGUUGGCGUGGUGGCCGGUGCUGACGCUGUGGCUUUACGGUUUGGCGUACUCCGUGGGCGCCGGCUCGCUGACGUACACGCUCAUCGGCGAGAUGUUCGCGGCCAACGUCAAGACCAAGGCGGCCCCGCUGUGCGUCAUGUGCCUGGCCGGCGCGUCGUUUCUGCUGGAUGGCACCUACACGACGAUGUCCCGCACGUUCGGCGUCUGCUCCAAUUACUACAUGUACUCCGCGUUCAACCUCGUCUGGGCCUUGAUCGCCGGUUUUGUAAUGAUCGAGACCAAGGGAAAAACGUUUUUGGAAAUCGAGGAAAUACUCGGGACGACUUGAUCUCCCGUUUUUUGACGGUCUCGCCGUCGACUCACCGCUGUAUUUGAUUCGUUUCUUCUGAGGGGUGUGUUGGGACGGGGGCUGCAAUAUGUUCACUCUUCUCAGACCCGUAAAGCGACAUCGAUAACGUUUUUAACGAAUGAUUUUUUUUUUCACAUUUUUAUUGAAAUAAAAUAUUGUUAGUUAUGAAUGGUUUGAGAUCGAUAUGUCUCGGUGUAAACUAUAUGGUAUCUAUGCCUCCUCCGCUAAAUACUUCCACUGCGUCGGUGCGAGUAUACACAAAAACGUCUAGACGGUAUUUUACGGUUCCGCCGAAAAUUGUAUAAUGUAAUAAAAAAAUAUUAUAAUAUAUUGUAUGACUGUUUGUUGUGUAUUGUCAUAAGACUUCGACUGAGAAAAAAUGACGAUGCUCAGUUAAAAUGUAAUCAUCUCUCGAACGAAUCGACAUAGCUAUAGUUUAGGCAAACAUCUAUCUGUGAACAUGAAAAUCAAAUUUUUAACAGAUUUUUAGCGCAGUUAAACAUAAAGUGGUUUCGUAGAAUUUUUUAUUAUUAAUGUUAAAUUUAGAAACCAUUUGACGAUUAGAAAGUAACUCCAACAUUAACUUCCAUAGUUUAGAUUUCAAUAGUUUCAAUAGUUCAUCUUACUUGCCAAGUCUCCUUGUAUACCUUGACUUUACGACAAUACAAUCAUACAAUAUAUUAUCAUAGAAUUUAGUUUAUUGUUCAGUAAGUGAGUUUUUGAAGUAAAUGCUGUGAUUUUUUACUUUUAAUAUUAUUUAACUUAAAAUCAUUUUUUAAGUGAAUUGUAUAGAAGUUUAAAAGUUAAAACAUUCAGCAUAACGAAUUUGUCCAAUCAUAAAAUAAUAUCGUAAGAGAAAUUGUUCGAUAUAAUAUAAUUUGAAUAAAAGGACGUAAAAUAAAAUAUGAAUAAUCU